AUGGGCAGGAGGCUGAGAAGUCCCAACGAGUUGUUGAGAAGCACGAGUGUUAGCGAGGCGGGCGAGAUGACGGCCAACCACCAGCAGUUGUUGGCGGCGAUGGAAAGUAGCAGACGGUGUGCCGAGAUAGCAAGGACGCACGAGCAAGAACGGCAGGCCAAGUAUUACAACUGGAAAGUGCGGAACAUGCGGACGGUCAGUGCUGGAGAUCGUGUUUGGAUGUUUAAGCCUCCACGUAGACCCAAGGCGUCUAAAUUUGUACAUCAGUGGCUGGAUCCGAUGAGAGUGGUCGAGCCAGUGGGUUACGACAACUUUUUGAUCGAGCGCGAGGACGUGACAGGCGAACCGGAGCGGCACAUUGCGCACGUGUCGUUCCUAGUGAUGUAUCAUCAACCAGCAGCGUCGCUAGAGCAGAUUGCGGUGGAUAUCGAGGCGCAACUGGAACACGAGGAUGCAGUCGGACAGCGGGCGGAUGGUACGCCACCAACAACAACUGCUCCAACAACGGCGGCUCCUGUCCAGACAGCAUUCGCGGUGGAUGUGUUGCGGGAACAUUGGCGAGAGGCAGACGUGUGA